AUGGAUUCUAAUACAAAGGAAGAUGAUGGUAUUGAUCUCAAUCUUAGUCUCAGAACCUUGCAGCCUGAAGAUUAUCAUCCAUCAAGUCAAUUCAUAGCGCAAGGAGGAAUGUCGGGCAAACGAGUGAAAGUCUACAUGGAUGGAGUAGCCAUUGGCAGGAAAGUUUGCAUACAAGAUGAUUCUGAUUACUCAAUGCUAGCACUUGACCUAGAACACAAGUUUGGACCUGGAUUAAAUCUGUUCCGAGCAGGAUCAGCAUUCUCAUUGCUUUAUAAGGAUAUGGAGAACGAAUGGAAGACUCUUGAUGGUGUAACUUGGAGAACGUGUAACGCGACUAAGGAUUGCAAGAAAGUGAAGCUCCGCUCUUAUGGUUUUAAAGCACUACAUAAGAAUUUUGAGCUUGAGAAGAAACAAGAAAGUCGUUAG